UUUUUUAUUUAUUUAUGUUCUAAUUGGUAUUUGGCGGGCAUUUUGUGCAACGCCAAAAACGACGAUAUUUGCAAAAUUCGUGGCGCCAAUAAUAUAAACGUUAUGCCGACUAUACGGCGCUGUUGCAUCAUCGGAUGCCUCUCGAAUUCGCGGCAACAUCCGAGCAUGCAGUUCUUCGCUUUCCCCCGACCCGACUCCCCGUUCCACAAGCUGUGGAAGGAGGCGUGCCACGCCUCGCUGCGACGCAUCAUUCCCUUCAAGAAACCGGUGGUUUGUGCCCUGCACUUUGAUCCCAGUGUGCUGGGUGGACGACGACUCCAAUCGAAUGCGUUGCCCACACUGCGACUGGAGGUGCCCUCAAAUCUGGAGGCGGUGGAGCAACAGGCGAUGGUCGAGGAGAUCGAACGGAGCAGGAAGUGUGCGUACAUCAAUGCUGUGGUCUACGAGUGGCUGGUGCGGGCGAAUAUCAAUCCACAGCUGCGUGGCAGCAUCACGCAUGGCAUGAUCAAGGAUAAGGCGGAGACGGCACGGCAGGUCAUCGGCAGCACCUCGUUCAUAGCGGACAAUCGCUGGCUGAAUCGGUUUCGGGAAACACAUCUGCAGGGAUUCGCACAGAAGUUGGCCACCAAUCAGUUGAAGUCGAUGGGCACAUCGCUGUGGAUACCGGAUAUUGUGCAGGAUUUGCAGAAUCUGUUUCCGCCAGCUAGUGCGGAGCGUGUGGCGAAGCUGGAGGAGAUGCCCGAACAGUAUAUGAACUAUAUGCAACAGUAUGGUGAAUACGAGGAGGAUGACGACAGCAUGGACGUCAAGGAGCAGAGCUACCAGGAGCAGCAGCAGCAGCAACACUACGCACUCCAGCAACAACAUCUCCAGCAGCAGCAACAACAGCAGCAGCAGCAGCACCAAUUGAAUCCCGCCUGGCCACCAUUUGCCGGCCAUCCACAUGCUCAUCCGCAUGGACAUGCUCAUCCCCAUCCCGGCUUCAAUAGUUUCAAUGACUUCUACUUUGAACGACAUCAGCAACAGUUGCAGCAACAACUCCAGCAACAACAGCUGCAGGCCCAGUUUCCACCAGAUGCGGGAGCAGGCGCAGGUGCACUGAGUCCAGCGCAGGCACAACGUGAACCCUUCCAGCCACAGCUGCCACCGAAUCAGUCGCAACAACAGCAGCGCCUCAGUCCGUUUCAGCCCGUGCAGCUGGCCAAGCGACCCAAAGUGGAAUCCCCCGCCGGCCAUGAUGAUGAAGUGCAGGAGAUCAAUGCCUCAGCUCGCGAAUCACCUCUGCCCCUCGCUGAAUCCACAGUACAAGGCGCUCGCAGUCCGAGUGCCAAGGAGCAAAAUAACAAUGGUGGACGGGACAGUGCCAGCAGCAAGGAGAAUGCCCACAAAAUCAAUCCGGACAGCAGCAGCGGCAAAUCGACGCCGCAUUCGAUGCACUCGCUCAAGGGCAGCAGUUCGCCGGCGCCCGCUUCCACAUCAACAUCCGCACCAGCCUCACCCAAGAAGCUCGUCAUCAACGGCGGCAGCAGCAGUUCCGGCAGUCAAACAAAUGGACACACUUCACCCGAACCCCCAACCGAUUCCAAAGCUUUAACCAAUGUGCUCAAGGAACUGGAUAGCUACACCCAGGCACUGGAGUAUUUGAAACCUCUGGAGGAUUUUGUGCUCUUCAAAGAGAACUUUCGGGCCAUUGGCCUGCUCUCCCAACUGGAACUGGUGCUGCGCAAGGGCGACAAAUCGACCCUUAUCGAGGGUUAAUUAACUCUGACACAACUUAAACACAAAUGUGAUGAACAGUGUACAUAUGUAUACAUAACUACUAUAUUCUAUAUAUAUAUAUAUAUAUAUAUAGUCUAUAUGUAAUAUAGCCAAGUACUGUAAUAGUAUUAUUAAUUUUGUCUUUCCAUCAUUUGCAUUAAGUAACUAAUUCAUUUGGGCAGACCG